GUCAUGGAUGCCCCCACGCGUAUAACUAAAUUGUGAAUGAGACAAUCCGAAAGCACAUACUUUUGUCCGUUUUUUGUUUGUGGUUUUUAAAUAUGAGGUACUUGUUUCGACUCGGGCACUCGUUUGCUCGCCUUCAUGUCCGUCUGUGUCACCAGAGUGUGUACAACAGUCACAGUAAUCCAAAAAGAGUGGCAGUGGACCUUGGAGAAAAGUGAAAAACUUGAGAUCUCUUCAGGGAGGUUUGCCAGAUUCGCUGAUGGAUCUGCUGUAGUUCAGUUGGGUGAUACCUCUGUGAUGGUGACAGCUGUGAGCAAAACCAAACCCUCUCCAUCUCAGUUUAUGCCUCUUGUGGUGGACUACAGACAGAAAGCUGCUGCUGCAGGACGAAUUCCCACUAAUUAUUUGAGGCGAGAACUGGGAACCACAGACCAUGAGAUCCUCACAAGCAGACUCAUAGACAGAUCGAUCAGACCUCUUUUUCCUCCUGGGUACUUUUAUGACACACAGAUUCUUUGCAACCUGCUAGCUGUUGAUGGUGUCAAUGAUCCAGAUGUACUUGCUAUCAAUGCAGCUUCCACUGCUCUGGCUCUGUCUGAUAUCCCAUGGAAUGGACCUAUUGGUGCUGUGCGUGUAGGAAUGGUGGAUGGAGAAUUACUGAUCAACCCCACCAGGGCAGAGAUGAGUUCAAGUACUCUGAACCUGAUUGUGGCUGGAGCCCCCAGCAGUCAAGUUGUGAUGAUCGAGGCAUCAGCUGAGAAUGUGCUACAGCAGGACUUCUGCCACGCCAUAAAGGUGGGAGUGAAACACACCCAGCAGAUCAUACAUGCCAUCCAGCAGAUGAUGAGGGAGCAAAAGGUCACCAAGCGAACACCCGUCAAAGUCUUCUCAGCACCCAAUGACAUGGUGGAACAAGUUCGACAACUUUCAUCAGAGAAAAUUUAUGCUGUUUUUACUGAUCACACGCAUGACAAGAUUUCAAGAGAUGAUGCUAUCAACAAGGUCCGAUUAGAAACAGAGGAGGUCCUAAAAGAAAAAUAUCCUCAAGCCGAGCCAUUUGAAAUCAUUGAAUCAUUCAACAUUGUGAGCAAAGAAAUCUUCCGUAAUUUAGUGCUGAAUGAGUACAGGAGGUGUGACGGAAGGGAAUUGACGGCUUUAAGGAACAUUUCUUGUGAUGUUGACCUGUUUAAACCUCUUCAUGGCUCGGCUCUAUUCCAAAGAGGACAGACACAGGUGUUGUGUAGUGUCACUUUCGAUUCCCUGGAAUCCAGUGUCAAACCAGACAUCAUCACAACAGCUUUGAGCGGCAUCAAAGACAGGAAUUUUAUGCUCCAUUAUGAGUUCCCUCCAUAUGCAACCAAUGAGAUUGGGAAGAUGGGAGGACUCAACAGAAGGGAGCUCGGUCAUGGGGCUCUGGCUGAAAAAGCACUUAGAGCAGUGAUUCCUAAAGACUUCCCUUUCACUAUUAGAGUCACUGCUGAGGUGCUUGAGUCAAACGGAUCCUCAUCAAUGGCGUCAGCAUGUGGAGGUAGUCUGGCUCUAAUGGAUGCAGGUGUGCCCAUCUCUUCUCCUGUAGCAGGUGUGGCCAUCGGCCUCAUUUCAAAGCCAAAUCCAGAGAAAUCAGCUGAGAUCCAAGACUACAGACUCCUGACUGAUAUUCUAGGAAUAGAGGAUUACCUUGGAGACAUGGACUUCAAACUGGCGGGGACAAACAAAGGCAUCACUGCCCUACAGGCUGAUGUGAAGAUUCCAGGUCUGCCUCUCAAACUGGUUAUGGAGGCAAUUCAACAAGCCACAGUGGCAAAGAGGGAGAUCUUGGGUAUUAUGAACAAAUGCAUCGUAAAACCCAGAGACAAGAGGAAGGAGAAUGGGCCUGUUGUUGAGAACGUCAGAGUACCUAUCACUAGACGAGCUCGCUUUGUUGGUCCAGGGGGUUAUAACCUUCGGCGGCUUCAAGCUCAAACAGGUGUCACAAUAAGUCAGGUGGAUGAGGAGACUUUUUCUGUGUUCGCUCCUACGCCAGGGGCAAUGAAUGAAGCACAAGACUUCAUCAGUGAGAUCUGCAAAGAUGAUCAAGAACAACAGCUGGAGUUUGGUGCUGUAUACACCGCCACCAUCACUGAAAUAAGGGACAUUGGUGUCAUGGUAAAACUCUAUCCCAACAUGAGUGCUGUCUUACUACACAACUCACAGCUGGACCAUAAACGGAUCAAGCAUCCGAGUGCUUUAGGUUUAGAGGUGGGACAGCAGAUACAGGUCAAGUAUUUCGGACGGGACCCAACAGACGGCAGAAUGAGACUUUCACGAAAGGUGCUGCAGACCCCAGCGGCAAGCGUCAUCAAGACACUUAGUGAGAAGCAAAGCAUUUCUAUGGGAACAGGAAACAGUCAUCCAACCAAUUCAUGACACGUCGACUCCAAAAGCUAACUUCUAGCUUUGUUGCAAGACAAGACUGAUCUGAUUUUACUACAAAAAAAUCUCUUGCAUCUAGAUCAUCAGACUACAGUGAAUCAGUGUUGCACAUAAGGACCUUUACCAUGUUGUUGUGGAUAUGGACUAUGGACUGCAGCUCGCUUGUGAAAUGCAGAUUCCCACCCUUGUUGUGUCAUCGUGCAUAUGCAAAGACGAAGAAAGAUACUUGUGGAGACUUUUAUGCAUUUUGUGUAAUUUUGUUUUCUGGUUUAUCACUCAGCUGACAACACCACUAUAAAAUAUUAUCCUCAGGCUUUUUAUGAAGUACAGUGCAUUGGUCCUUGAAGUGUCACACAAUUAAGAAGUGGGGAAACUCAUUUUUACAGCCUCUGUUGCAUUGAACAUGAGUCUUCUGUAAAUAAAAAAUUAUUGGUUGCUACGAUGUAAA